AUGGCGUUUGACGCCACUCGGUUGAGUGGAUACAUAUGGCAACAAAUCUUUUUACAGAUAACAUUUUGUUUUCGGGCUUCUGUUUCUAAAACCAAAAACAUAUUGUGGAGCAGCACAAGAGAGGAAAGUGAAGUGGCGUCUGUUUCUCUUGGUCUCCUCGGUUCUUCCGUCGCGGCAGACACUACAAUACUGCCCCUCGAUGGCGGGCGAACAGCACCCGAUCCCCCGGCCGUGGAUUCUCGACUUUCUCCUCCCCGCCAUCGUCAUCCUCCUCAUCGCCGCCCAUGUCUUCGCCCUGGUUUAUUGGAUCUACAGAUUAGCCACCGACAAGCAACCGCAAGCUGGCCCGGAGCGGAGAAGCAAGGCCCAUUAAUCCUGUCGAUGGCUCCAUGUAGGCAUCAAGCAAGAAAGUACUGCCAGCUUACUGAUGGAUCUUCGUAGGGUGCAUUUUACUUUUGUGUGUUGGGAAUUGUGAGCUAUCUCCAAAGAUUAGGGACAAGCCUUCAUGGGUUUUCAUCAUCUAUCGAACACUGAACAUAAGCAAAAUUUAUCUCAGAUUUGGGAAUUUUAGAUUUUGCAAAUUAGCUAUUAGGGGAGCAUUCUGAUAGAUUUGUAGUUAAUUACAUCCGUUAAGCUUGUUUGGCUACUUUGCAAGCACUUGGUUCCAUCUGUAGCUGCUAUAAUUUAUCUACAAAAACUUGCUGUAGGUGGUUUCUAAGAAUACUUAUUGUUGCUUCUUUCAUCCACUUUGUCU